GAUGAACAGGGUGAGGAAGCCUCGGACUGCCACAGGAGUCUUCUAUGGAUAGACGUCAGAAUAUGAGCGCCUCGUUUUUGUAGUUUGUCUCAAAUCUGAGUCUUGCCGCCGGUUCAGCUCAGCUAGCACGCAUGCUAAUGGGACGGAAAGUAAUGAUAGUGAUAAAAUAGUAUGUCAGUUAAACGGAGAGAUGGACUGAGUAGUAAAGGAACUCAAAUUUGAGCUGUCCAAGUUGAUAAAGUUAGCUUUAUUGUCCCAUGUGUUGCUUCCUCCUAACUACAAACCACGACUUGGACACACUCCAGACUGGGUCCGAACUCUGGAUUUUAUCACAACACAAUAACUUAAUUUAGUUAGCUAAACUGUUAGCUAACUAAACAAAGUUUUCUCCUGUCCGCUAUGUCUGGAAGUGAAGAUGACAGAGAUGAUUAUGGAGCUCCCGACGACCGCUUAAUGCAAGAUGAUGAGGAAGAGGAGAUCUCAGAGAAUGAGGCCCCAAAGGUGAAGAAGAAGAAAAAAGCCAAGAAGAGUAAAGAGGGCAAGGGCAGCAAGAGGCGGUCGCGCAGAGAGGAGCUUGCCAUCAGCUCCCCAGAGCCCAUGGACAUGGGUGGGGUGGAGGAUGUAGAAGAUGGAGGCUCUAUCCAACGUUCUGACAGCGAGGGCAGUGAUUACACUCCAGGGCGCAAGAAGAAGAAGAGAGCAAGCAGUGGCAAAGAAAAGAAGAGGAAUAGCGCAGGGGUUGAGAGGAGCUCUAAGAGGAAAGAGCCAGAGCCAGAAGAAGACGAUGACGACGAUGAUGACGAUUGCUCGGAACCAAAGUCUUCGUCUCAGCUGCUGGAUGACUGGGGCAUGGAGGACAUUGACCACGUCUUUACUGAGGAAGACUACCGAUCUCUGACCAACUACAAGGCCUUCAGCCAGUUUGUCAGACCCCUCAUUGCAGCCAAAAACCCCAAAAUUGCCGUGUCAAAGAUGAUGAUGGUUCUGGGAGCAAAGUGGCGUGAGUUCAGUACCAACAACCCCCUGAGAGGCGCAGCUGCUGCAAACGCUGCGCUGGCUACUGCCAACGUACCAGCUGCUGUGGACACCAUGGUUGCAGAGGUCGCCCCAGUGGCUGUUGCUCCGCCAGCCCCAGCAGAGCUUCUGCAGACUCCUGCACCUCCAAUCCGCAAGGCCAAGACCAAGGAGGGCAAAGGUCCCAAUGCCCGCAAAAAAUCAAAACCUGCAGCAAAACCACAAGAGAAAAAGAAUAAUGUCAAGACAAAGAAAGUUGCUCCUUUAAAAAUCAAACUGGGAGGUUUCAACAGCAAGAGGAAACGCUCCUCAAGCGAGGAGGACGAGCCUGAUGUUGAAAGUGAUUUUGAAAAUGGCAGCAUCAAUAGCGUCUCCAUCUCGGAGGGUUCAAACAGUCGCAGCAGCCGCAGCAAAAAGAAGACCUCCAAGAGCAAACCCAAGAGAAAGAAAGAAGCAGAAGAGGGUGACGGAUAUGAAACGGACCACCAGGACUACUGUGAGGUUUGCCAGCAGGGUGGAGAGAUCAUUCUGUGUGAUACUUGCCCCCGAGCGUACCACAUGGUCUGUCUGGACCCUGACAUGGAGAAAGCACCUGAGGGUACCUGGAGCUGCCCGCACUGUGAGAAAGAGGGCAUCCAGUGGGAAGCCAGGGAGGAAGCCUCAGAAGGAGACGAGGACAACGGUGAGAUAGGAGAGACUGAGGAGGACGACCACCACAUGGAGUUCUGCAGGGUCUGUAAAGACGGAGGAGAGCUCCUCUGCUGCGACUCGUGUCCCUCGUCGUACCACAUCCACUGCCUCAACCCUCCGCUCCCCGAGAUCCCCAACGGAGAGUGGAUCUGCCCCCGCUGCACGUGUCCGCCCAUGAAGGGGAAAGUACAGAGGAUUUUGACAUGGCGGUGGGGAGACCCCCCUCCUCCUACACCUGUGCCACGCCCUCCAGACCUCCCGGCUGAUGCCCCUGACCCCGCCCCGCUGGCAGGGCGCCCCGAGAGAGAGUUUUUUGCCAAAUGGUGCAACAUGUCCUACUGGCACUGCUCUUGGGUCACAGAGCUCCAGCUGGAGAUGCACUGCCAGGUGAUGUUUAGGAACUACCAAAGAAAGAAUGACAUGGAUGAGCCCCCGCCCAUUGACUUUGGUGAUGGAGAGGAGGACAAGUGCCACAAGAGGAAGAACAAAGAUCCAACAUAUGUUCAGCUGGAGGAGAAAUAUCUCCGCUUUGGGAUCAAGAUGGAGUGGCUGAUGCUCCACCGCGUCCUGAACCACAGUGUGGACAGGAAGAACAACGUCCACUACCUGAUCAAGUGGCGAGAGCUGCCAUACGACCAGUCCACCUGGGAGGCCGAGGACAUGGACUUGCCCGAGUUUGACCUCUACAAGCUACAGUACUGGAACCACAGAGAGCUGAUGAUGGGAGAUGAAGGGAGACCAGGAAAGAAAAUGAAGAUUAAAGGAAGGGUGAAGCGGCCAGACAGGCCUCCUGAGAACCCGGUUAUAGAUCCAACGAUAAAGUUUGAGCGUCAGCCAGAGUACCUGGACAGCACUGGAGGGAAUCUGCACCCCUACCAGCUGGAGGGUCUCAACUGGCUGCGGUUCUCCUGGGCUCAGGGUACCGACACCAUCCUGGCCGAUGAAAUGGGUCUGGGAAAGACUGUGCAGACCGCAGUCUUCCUCUACUCGCUGUAUAAAGAGGGUCACUCUAAAGGGCCAUUCCUGGUCAGCGCUCCUCUCUCGACCAUCAUCAACUGGGAGAGAGAGUUUGAGAUGUGGGCGCCUGACAUGUACGUGGUGACAUACGUAGGAGACAAGGACAGCAGAGCCGUCAUCAGAGAGAACGAGUUCUCCUUCGAAGACAACGCCAUCCGAGGAGGGAAGAAGGCGUCCAGGAUGAAGAAAGACUCAUCCAUCAAGUUCCACGUUCUGCUGACGUCAUAUGAGCUGAUCACCAUCGACAUGGCUGCCCUGGGCUCCAUAGACUGGGCUUGUCUGGUGGUAGAUGAGGCCCACAGGCUGAAAAACAACCAGUCCAAGUUUUUCCGAGUGUUGAACAACUACUCGCUGCAGCACAAACUUCUGCUGACCGGAACUCCUCUGCAGAACAACCUGGAGGAGCUUUUCCACCUGCUCAACUUCCUCACACCUGAGAGGUUCAACAACUUGGAGGUCUUCUUGGAGGAAUUUGCCGACAUCGCUAAGGAGGACCAGAUCAAGAAGCUUCAUGACAUGCUGGGUCCGCACAUGCUCAGGAGGCUGAAGGCCGACGUCUUCAAGCACAUGCCCUCCAAGACCGAACUCAUUGUCAGAGUGGAGCUCAGCCCAAUGCAGAAAAAAUACUACAAAUUCAUUCUGACGAAAAACUUUGAGGCCCUGAACACAAAAGGAGGAGGAAACCAGGUUUCACUGCUCAAUGUUGUCAUGGACCUCAAGAAAUGCUGCAAUCACCCCUACCUCUUCCCUGCGGCUGCUAUGGAAGCUCCAAAGAUGCCCAAUGGGAUGUAUGACGGAAAUGCACUCACAAAAUCCUCUGGCAAACUGCUGUUACUGCAGAAGAUGAUGAGAAAACUGAAGGAGGGAGGGCACCGAGUACUGGUUUUCUCUCAGAUGACUAAGAUGUUGGAUCUUCUGGAGGACUUCCUGGAGAAUGAGGGUUACAAAUAUGAGAGGAUUGAUGGAGGAAUCACAGGAGGGAUGAGACAGGAAGCUAUCGAUCGUUUUAAUGCUCCUGGUGCUCAACAGUUUGCCUUCCUGCUGUCGACAAGGGCUGGAGGAUUGGGCAUCAAUCUGGCCACAGCCGACACCGUCAUCAUCUACGACUCUGACUGGAAUCCUCACAAUGACAUCCAGGCCUUCAGCAGAGCUCAUCGUAUCGGUCAAAACAAGAAGGUGAUGAUCUACCGAUUUGUCACCAAGGCUUCAGUGGAGGAGAGGAUUACUCAGGUUGCUAAGAAAAAGAUGAUGCUGACUCACCUGGUGGUCCGACCUGGUCUCGGCUCCAAAACCGGUUCCAUGUCCAAACAGGAACUGGAUGACAUUCUCAAGUUUGGAACAGAACAGCUUUUCAAGGAUGAAGGAGAGGGGGAGAAAGAGGAGGACAGCAGUAUCAUUCACUACGACGACAAAGCCAUCGACCGACUGCUGGACAGGAACCAGGACGCCACCGAUGACACGGAGCUUCAGAGCAUGAACGAAUAUCUGAGCUCGUUCAAAGUGGCUCAGUAUGUGGUCAAAGACGAGGAGGAGGAGGAGGAGGAAGUGCAGCGGGAGAUCAUCAAGCAGGAGGAGAGCGUGGAUCCAGAUUACUGGGAGAAGCUGCUGCGGCACCAUUAUGAGCAGCAGCAGGAGGAUCUGGCCCGGAACCUGGGCAAAGGCAAACGGAUCCGCAAGCAGGUCAACUACAACGACGGCUCACAAGAAGACAGAGCUGAUUGGCAAGAUGACCAGUCCGAUGGCCAAUCAGAUUACUCUGUGGCGUCCGAGGAGGGUGAUGAAGACUUUGACGAGAGAUCAGAAGCCAACUCUCGCAGGCCGAACAGGAAGGGCCUGAGAAACGACAAAGACAAACCAUUGCCCCCCCUGCUGGCCAGGGUGGGAGGCAACAUUGAGGUGUUGGGUUUCAACUCUCGUCAGAGGAAGGCCUUCCUGAACGCUGUGAUGCGUUACGGGAUGCCUCCCCAGGAUGCAUUCACCACCCAGUGGCUAGUCCGAGACCUGCGAGGGAAAUCAGAGAAAGAGUUUAAGGCCUACGUCUCUCUGUUCAUGCGCCACCUCUGUGAACCCGGAGCCGACGGUGCUGAGACCUUCGCAGAUGGUGUUCCCAGAGAAGGGUUGUCACGGCAACAUGUUCUCACUCGCAUCGGUGUUAUGUCACUUAUUCGCAAAAAGGUCCAAGAGUUCGAGCAUGUCAACGGCCAGUGGUCGAUGCCCUGGAUGGCCGAGCUGGAAGAGAACAAGAGGGCUGCAGCUCAGCCGGAGUCUCCUGGGAAAACCCCAUCCACCGGCACCCCUGCCGACACACAGCCCAAUACCCCCGCUCCAGCUGAUGAUUCCGCAAAGAACGAUGAAGCAGCAAAAGACGGGGAGAAGGAGGUGAGGAAAGAGGGUGAGGCGGAGAAGAACGGCAAGGAGCCUGUCAAAUCCACCGAGGUUAUCGCCAUUCCCGAUGAUGACGAGAAGAGUCCGGAAGCAGAGCAAGAGAAAAAGAACGGAGAGGAGCCAAUGGAGACAGACAAGCCGAGCAACGGGGAAGCAGAGAGCGUGAAGGAGAAGGAAACCGAGAAGGAAGGAGAAGGCGAGAAGAAGAGUCCAGAGGGAGAAGAGGAAACCAAACCGCCUGUAGAAGCAAAGACAGAGGUGUCAGAGAUCAAACCCGAGGACUCGGAAAGCAAAGUAGAAGAAAAGAAGGAAGAGAAGACAGAAAAGAUGGACACCACUCCACCUGUAGAUGAAAAGAAAGAAGUGAAGGAUGAGAAGGACGCUCAGAAGCCAGAAGAGGCGACCAAGCUGCAGAACGGAGACAGCAGCAAAGAGGGCGCCACGACCGCUGCAGCUGCUUCCACGCCCAGCGGAGUCAGCGAGGAGAAGAAGAAGGCCAAAACCCGCUUCAUGUUCAACAUCGCAGACGGAGGAUUCACAGAGCUCCACUCUUUGUGGCAAAAUGAGGAGCGCGCUGCCACGGUUACCAAGAAAACAAAUGAGAUCUGGCACCGCCGUCAUGACUACUGGUUGCUGGCUGGCAUCAUACAACAUGGUUACGCACGCUGGCAGGACAUCCAGAAUGACGUGAGGUUUGCCAUUCUCAACGAGCCUUUUAAAGGGGAGAUGAACAGGGGGAACUUUUUGGAAAUCAAGAACAAGUUCCUCGCCCGACGAUUCAAGCUUUUGGAACAAGCGCUGGUGAUCGAGGAGCAAUUGCGUCGUGCUGCCUACCUCAACAUGUCAGAGGAUCCCUCCCACCCCUCCAUGGCCCUCAACACUCGCUUCAGCGAGGUGGAGUGUCUGGCCGAGUCACACCAGCACCUCAGCAAGGAGUCCAUGUCCGGGAACAAACCGGCCAAUGCCGUCCUGCACAAAGUGCUGAAGCAGUUGGAGGAGCUGCUGAGUGACAUGAAGGCGGAUGUGACUCGCCUCCCAGCAACCAUCGCCCGCAUACCGCCGGUUGCCGUUCGACUCCAGAUGUCUGAGAGGAAUAUCCUGAGCCGCCUGGCGAGCCGAGGACCUGACGCUCAGGCACAGACACAGCAGAUGUCGCAGCAGUAGACUGAAAAUCGUCUCUAACCUUGAGAACCACCCCCUGCCUCAUGUCUACAUUCCUGAUUGGUGCACAGCAGAAUAAUGGACAACACACCCAAGCUUGAAGCCACGCCCAGUUCUCUGUCUUUUCUUUCACCCAACCAACAACGAACUUUACAGGAUUUUUCUGGAGAACCAAAUCUCCUUCAGACCCCUGAGAAUGAGGCUGUGGACAGAAAAAGCUUUUUUUUUUUUUCUUUUUUUUUCAAUUUCUGUAUUAAUAUUAUUGAUAUAAUGUUAUUAUGAUGUUUUUUGGGACCUAAAUAAAAAAGAAAA